AUGAGGUCUGCUCAGAUCGGGUGGAAGCGUCCCAUUCCCACACUGCCCAAGAAUCGACCGCGGCCCAUCACCCCAACAGAACCGAGCGAGGAACAGCGCGAAGCCGGGAAACCCAUCGCCGGAAAUGGCAUCUUCUUUGAGAAGCUCCCCGCUGAGCUCCGAUACAAGAUUCUGGUCGAGGCCUUCGGGGAACAGGUGGUCCACAUGGACCUCUUCUACGAUCAUCCUUUCUCCCUGCCCGGAGAAGUCAUCGAACUGCCGUUGUCCAGCAAUUAUCGACCGAACCAUGGUGGGCUACAUGGGAACCAAAAUGCCAAAGGCGGGCAGUCUCCUUUGCUUGUUAACCGCCACCGCCCGAAGCAGUGGGCAUGGCGCAGCUCCGUUUGUCAUCGGGACUCGCCAGACGCAUAUUCUCGACCCCCUGGGCGCCGGGUUCAACCAGCUCAAGACAGGUGCCGGUUCGGCGGUCGAGAUCGGAGGUACUGCGAAUCGUGGCCUGGCGAGUGGCCGAGCAAAUGCUUCAUCGGAAUCAUGGGGUGGCUGCUAUCUUGCCGACAGGCGUAUCUGGAGGGAAUUGAAGUACUCUAUUCGACAAACACCUUCAACAUGGCAAGCAAGGAAAUGGUCAUGAAUUUGCCCCGACUGCUUAUUCCCCAGAGGCUUGAAGCGAUCACCUCUGUCGAGAUUCUCUGGGACUGGGAACCCUUUCUCCGACAGGACGAGACUGCAGCCUUCAUGCCACUGUCGGACAAGAAAUCCUUCCACGCCUUUCUCGACUUCAUCCCCAUCGCAUUUCCCAAAAUCCGGUCGCUCUAUGUCUCGCUUCAAGGAAAGUUACAUGGGUAUCGCACCAGCCGGUAUCCGCCCCCGGCCGAAGAGCGGUUCGGCAUCCUCGAGAAUACCAUCAUGAUCCCGGUCGACAACAUGGUCAGGAUGCUCGGGGCCCACGUUCAAGAACUUUCUGUUGCGAUCCCCAGUACUCUCUAUUUUCAUUACAGAGAGCGUGCACAGAACCUGGGUUGGAAAGUAGAACAGACAUACGUGGCCGGCCAACUGGAGAGACACUGGAGACCGUUGACGGGCUGCGAGUUUCGGGCGGGCUACUGGGUGCCAUUAGGUCAAAGGGAUCUUCAUCUGGCCUCCCCUCCCUUGCUUGUGCAGAGUCAGUUCAACCGCGAUACUUCAGAAGACUCCCCAGACGAUGUGUUGUUCGGAUUCGACUGA